GGUUUAGUCGUUGUUUCAGUACAUAAUUGUCGUAAUGAGGUGACACUAGCGGACUUAGAUGACGAGAUCCCACUGUCAAAGUCUCUGGGAUACUCGCUGAAACGCAGCCGCACGCUGGAAGACCCUGAAUUGAGUCGGGAAUACCUCGACCUUUACCAGGAGAUGCUGAAGGCCAGUCGAGAGUCAUAUGAGAAGGUAGACCAGGAGGAGGCGAAGCUUGAGACCAUAGUCGGCUGGGAGAAAGCCAACUUGAUGAAGCGAGGGUUAAUCGACCGACGCAGCGUGAACCGCAUGCGUUCGCCCGUGGGGCGGCGGCGUGUGCGCUCUCAGGCCACACGCCGGGAGAGACUCAACAGCCAGAGCUUGCGCAGCCACCAGCACCACAUACGACACGCCGGCCAGGACUUCGCCAUCGAUGACGACUAAUACACUAAUUCACCGACAUUAACUGGACGCCAGCGGCGCGUUCAAACGUAUAGAUUUAUAUGGAAGUGUUCUCGGGGAACGGGGUAGUAGUAGGGACAAUCGUUCCCGCGCCUACACCAUCGCUCCCGCUGACUUUCAGACGGUAUUAUAGAGCUUUCUGGAAUGGGAAAACAGAGUGAGUUUAGAAAGGAUAAUACGACAGUUUUUUAAUUAUGACUAAGAGCCUACCUACUCCUUUGGUUAUAAUUAUUUUCAAUAAAUAAUUUCAUUAAAUCAAUCCAGUUGGGUCCUACUACUGUACAUAGACGCAGUAGUGGGAAGUUUCCGGGAUGAUUUUGUAUUCGUGGCUGAUUUUUUGACGUAUCUGUAUUUUUUUGCUAAAGUAAUUAAUGUCUUAUUGACCAUUGUAAAAGGUGCAAAUCGGUUUGCCUAUAAUUACAGAUACGUCAGUUCGCGACAUUAGCGACGUAUUAUACCGCGGUACGGUUUUGUACUCUCUCGCUCCCGACAUAGAAUAAAGAAUACUAGAACUACGUAUAGAAACGGUAACUCUCUCCCCCCGCACCAAUUCGUAUCGGGCACCGACCUCACCCCGUCUGGGUCUUAGGUACUUAAGUCUUAAAUGUCCGCAGGCCGCUAAGGAGUAAAAGAGAGAGCGCGCAGACUGUCUCCUAGUUCCACCUCUGUGUACAGAGAGCUUUAGGUAAAGUCAAUGUAAAAUUCUCUUGAAGAUACUAUUUUUAAGAACAAAUUCAGGUAAUGUAAGAAGAUAAUUUUAUUUUAAUAUGAAAUAACGCCUGAAAUAUUUUAUAUAUCAAUAUUUCGAAUAGUAAGUACAUUGUUGUAAUCCUACUACUAAUAAACA